CAUUAUCGUUGUUGUAUAAGGAUAAUUUGUCUGUAUAAUUCGUAUUAGUAUCCUGUUCACAUUUAUGCAGAAAAAUUUUCAAAUAAAUGUUUCAUCAGUUUGUACAUUAAAAAAUAAACAAACAAAACAGUGGAUUCCAUGCAUAACAAUAUUAUUAUCAAUAAUAAUAGUAAUAAUAAUAUGAAUGUAACUAAUAAUGUGGUAGUGACACCAGCACAUCUACUGACAUUAUUACCUGGAGCUAUUCCACCUGAAUCAACAAAUUAUUUCUAUGGAAAAAUUACACGUGAACAAGCUGAAGAAUUAUUAUUUACACAUGGUGCUAAUGAAGGUUUAUUUUUAUUACGUGAAUCAGUAAAUAGAAAUUAUGCUGUAUCUAUAUGUCAUUUGGGUCGUGUACAUCAUUACAAUGUAGAACGACAAACAGAUUGUUCAUAUAGAAUUCAAACAGGCCAUAAAUUUGUUGGUCCAGUUGAAUUAGUUCAACAUCAUUCAACACAAUUGGAUGGUUUUCUUACAUUAGCUCAAUUACCACUAAAUCGUCCAGUUGGUAUGUCACCAAUUGUUUUACAAGGUUUAAAUGCUAACGAUUUGGAACAUAAUUUACGUUUAAAAGCUAUAGAAAUGGGAUUAAAAGGUCAAAGUGUUGAAGAAGCGUUGAAUGGUCCAAUGCGUAAUCAUUUACGCUUUUUAGUGAUAAAAGAUUUACAUUUAUUACAACCAUGGUAUCAUCAUACGAUAAGACGAUAUGAAGCUGAAUCACGUUUGGCUAGUGAAGGAAAUCAAGAUGGUGCAUUUUUAGUUCGUUAUCGUAAAGAAGAUAGAACAUAUGUGUUAAGUUUAACAAGUCAAAAUGAACCAAAACAUUAUCGUAUUGAAGAAUAUUUAAGUAGAUGGUCUAUAGAAGGUGGGCAAUAUUUUGAAACUAUCAUGGAACUAAUUGAUCAUUAUCAUUUUCGUCAAGAUGGAUUAUUAUGUAAAUUACAGAAACCAAUACCAGUAUCAAAUUUCACACGUUCACUUUCAGGUUCCGGUGGUGUAUCAAAAAUUACAACAAAGGAUGACUUCAAGAUUCCUAUUAUUUCCGAUAAAAGUCAACAGCUUAAAACACAGACAAUUACAUCAAAUAAUUGGAAUGGUAGUCAUUCAUUGCCAUCUCUUAAUUCGAUUCCAGUCACUGGAGUUAUUCCAUUUAACAAUAUUACUAAUACUAAUAUACAAUCUAUAGUGAGUAACGGUGUAAACGAUACAAUAACUUCGAAAACAGUAACAACGGUGACCACUACAGUGACUAUUAUCACUGCCACUAAUACUACUACCUCUACUACUAACAGCACUCCUACUUUUGCUACAAAUCCAAUCAGACAAGAUUUAAUUUCAUUCAAUGAUUGGCCGAAUGUUACAAUGCUUUUAUCCAAUCAAAAUUCAUCAAAUGAGAUAAUAACAACAACUGGAUCAAUUAUUGCAGGAACAAAUACAACGAUAACAACAAAUGAGCAAACUUGUAAUUUUAUAAAUCGUUAUCCAAAUUCACAAACAUCAUUCACUCCAUCCAUUAUUAAUUUAUCAUCAUCUGAACAAACACCAUUAAAAAUGACUAACAGUAAUAAUGAUAAUAAUAAUAAUAACAAACAUAUUUCAUCAAAUCGUUUAAUUCAAACAUCCACAACAAAAGUUACAACAACAACACCAGUGGAAUUGGCAAUGGUUACAACAUCAAAUUCUGGUAAUUUCACAAAUGCUAUGUUAAUAGGAUCUACACUUAUACCACAAAUGGCCUUAUUUGAUAGGGAAAUAAAUGAAGUUACUAAAUUAAUGAAUGGACAAGCUACAUCCGUUAGUAAUAAUACACAUAAUACUACUAUGAGUAGUAAUACUAACAUAAAAGAUUCACGUAUUGGUUGUUUGAAACCGAUCAGAUUAAAUGAACCAUUAACAACAAUGAGUAAAGCAUUUGCUGAAGUGGAUAAUGCUAUUGCACAAGUUGUAUCAAAUGCUUUCUCUUCUCCCUCUACUAACAGACAAUCAAUAUCAACAAUAACUGGUACAAUUACAAAUGUUAUAACAACUACCACUACAGUAAUGACAACUAUCAUUGCACCAAGUAUAGAUAAUUUGAAGAACAAUAGUUGUAUUAAUACUCAUUUUAUACAUAAUCACUGUAAUCAUACCACUGCUAAUAAUACUAUUGAUCAUCAUAAUGAUAAUGUGAAUAUUAUUGACAAACGUAUCACUAAUACUAUUAUUAAUAAAGAAUUCUUCCCAACACAAACAUUACAUUUUCCUCCAAUAUUGGAUACACCAUGGGAAGAACCAGAUUGUAGUGAAGAACAUGCACAAAGUACAUCCAGUAGUGGUGGUUCAUUCGGUGGUGGCUUUGGUAGUGGUAGUGGUAGUAGUGGUGCUGGAAGUUGUGGAAAUUCUGGACUAACACCAACUAAUACAAAUUUAUCCACAUUUAUUGGAAAUAAUCCAUUUUUACCAUUGAUUAGUCCAACAUUAACACGUCGUACUUCUUCAUUGAAUAAUUCGAAUCAUUUAAUGAAUAAAAUAAAUAUUAAUGAUAAUAACAAUAAUAAUGAAACACCUUGUUCAACUACUACAACUAUGAAUAAUAAUAAUAAUAAUAAUAAUAAUAAUAGUAAUAUUGUUGGUAAUAUCGGACCAAUGGAAACUCAAUCAAAUCGUAGCGCUUGGGCAAAUGCAAUUAGUCCAGAGAAUGCUCAACAAAUAUAUGACGAAUUGCCACCAUCGAAUUUCUUAUUAAACUCACAAACAGUAACACUGAAAGAACGAUUAGGUGGAGGAAAUUUUGGUCAUGUAGUCAAAGGUUUGUAUCGUACCCCUUCAGGACAAGAAGUACCAGUUGCAGUAAAAACUCUGAAACCAAAUCAAAUUGUCAAUUCUGGUGAACGUGAAAUUCUUGCUGAAGCACGUACAAUGGCUCAAUUGAAACAUCGACAUAUUGUAAGAUUAAUUGGUGUAUGUAAAGAGGAACAAUUUAUGCUUGUCCUUGAAUUGGCGCCUUUAGGUCCAAUUAAUAAAUAUUUGAAAAAGCGCCCUGAUGUCAGUGUACAUACAUUAACUGAACUGAUGCAUCAAGUUGCAUUGGGUAUGGCUUAUUUGGAAUCGUGUAAAUUUGUACAUCGAGAUUUAGCCGCUCGUAAUGUCCUAUUGGUUACACGUCAUUUUGCUAAGAUUAGUGAUUUUGGAAUGAGUAAAGCAUUGAAUUUCGGUAGUGAUUAUUAUCGGGCUGCAACGGCUGGGAAAUGGCCUCUAAAAUGGUAUGCACCUGAAUGUAUAUAUUACUUUCGAUUUGACUCAAAGUCUGAUGUAUGGAGUUAUGGUAUAACUUUAUGGGAAGUUUACUCCUAUGGUGAAAGACCAUAUAGAGAUAUGAAAGGUGCACAAAUAUUGGCAAUGUUAGAUCAAGGUCUACGUUUAUCACGACCAAGUCGAUGUCCAGAAUCAAUCUAUAGUGUUAUGCAACAAUGUUGGAAUUUUGAAGGUGUACAUAGACCGACAUUUGCAGAACUUGUCUUAACAAUAUCACGUAUUUUAAGAGCAAUGCCAUCACCACAAACAAAUAUUUGCAUUCCCAAUCAUCAUCAUCAUAGUAAUAAUAGUUGUAGUAAUAAUAUGAAUACCAGUAAUAAUAAUAAUAAUAAUGUAUUAUCAAGUAAUUUAUCAACAAAAUUUGAUCAUUUACAUUCACCUACUCAUCAACAUAAUAACAGUAAUAAAAAUGAUAACACUAACAACACCACUAGCAUACACAACAAUAAUACUGGUCUACAUCCAAUUGAAUUUAGUCCAUUAAGACGUCUUGGUGGAAUUGGUACAAGUGCAAGUUCCGGUGGGAGUGGUGUAAACAGUGGUGGAAGUGAUGGUACAUCAUUUUAAAUUCAAUAUUCAAUCAAAUAAUAAUUACACAAAAUAAGAAUAUAAUCAAACAUUUGUAAACAAUAUUGAUAAUUAAACAACCCAUGUAAUAAUGCUUUACAUAGGUUACUAGGAGAAGAAAAAAAGAUAACUUUUUUUUUUAAAUUAUUGAUAAAAUCGAUAACAAUUAUUGUUUUUGCAUAUUUACAUACAUUGUACAUUUUCAGUUUAUAUAUUUUGGUAAGUUUUUCUUUUCUCUUUUCUCCCGUUCCUUCCUUC